AUGUGCCAAUGGUCUGCUAGUCAUCAAGCGAGAGGUGGAUAUUUUAUUAUUGUUUCACUAUCGCUCAUGUCCGUCCAAACCUGUUUACAUUGCAUUCAAGAUUUCGAGUUUGGACUCAAAAAUGACACCCCACUUUACUAUAGUAAACCUAAGUCUAUUUAUAACUCAAACUACAAAAUCAGCGAAACAUCGCACGAGCUGUCUCGUUUUGCCCCGAACAGGACAGCUCCCAUUCCCGACAUCAACCCACAUGCCGGCGUUCGUGAAUUUGCCUCGCAUAGAUAUCAGGCGAUGGCUGCGAGCAGCAGCUCGGGGAUGCAGGUGCGUGGUGCUGGUGAUGCAUGCGGUGCUUCUGGAGGUACUAGCUAUGGGGUUUAUUUCGUGCCUACAGCUUACCUGGCGGCGGACCGCACAGCCGCAGUGGCGGCGAGUAGCAGCGCGGAAAGGCAGGUUGGUGGCGUACGGGGUGGAUGUUCAGGUGCUUUUGGUACUAACCAUGGGGUUUAUAUGCGUGACUAA